UCCUCGCGUGCAGCAGGGGAGGAGAGGGACGCGACUGCACAUCCGCUCGUUUACACAGACGCCCCCAUCCACGCGCAAUCGGUCUAACCAUUUCCCACCGGCUGGACCUCCCCCAUGCCUGAGCCAGUGAGUGGAGGCGAGACUAGCCUACUGUACCGCCAGAGUCCGAGCGGUGAGGAGUCGCUUGCUGGGCAGAUUAGACGGUACCAGUCGGGAAGGACGCGGCACGACGAGGACCAAACAGACCCACGGUCUAUGUUCUCCCGCGUGGAUGGAUGGACCGAGAGAGAAUACAACCUGAAACUGCAGUGCAGAACUGGCUUUUCAGGCUACCUUUGAUUCAACGCAUUUUGUUGACGGUCAGUCCUCCGUAGUCCUGGAUCCAGAGCUCUCUGUCUCCGACCCAGCCCCAGAUUACUCCACGACACACGUAGGCACCAUGACCCAGGAGGGGCAGGGACACCCCCAGACUGAACCCCCUACAUCCCCAGACAGCCAAAGGGAGACGCCAGCCCACCCUGCAGAGAAGCCAGACACAAACCAAGGGCUGGAGGGGCAAAGUCUGGAGGUGGAGGGGAUAGAGGGGACCAAUGAGAUGGAAGGGGAGGAAAGUGUUACGGUACAAAGGGAAGUACACAGAGAAAGAGAAGGUGAGGAAAGUGGAAAGGGAGAGGGUGAUGAGGUAGAUGAGGGAGUGGAACAAGUGAUGCAGGGAGAAGGAGAGGUGCAUGAAGAGAGAGAGAGUAUGGCAGAGACAAGUGAUGAAGAAGAUGGAGUGGGGGAUGAGAGGAUAGAUGCAGGGGAUGGUCAGCCAGACAGAGAGCUAAAGAGAGAGGAGGAGAGGGAAGAAAGGGAGGAGGAGGUAGAGAAGGAGGGGGAUAACAUGAACACAGAGGCCACAGAGGAGUCAGAACCAGCCUGCGAGCCCGGCUGUGAGGAGGAAGAGGAGGAGGAGGGUGAGGAGGAGUUACCUCCACCACCACCACCUGAGGAUCAGGAAGAAGACCAGGACCAGGACCAGGACUUACCAGACCCACCACGGUCUCUGGACAUAGUCAGGCUGGACAAUGGAAUAGGACCUGAGAAUGGAAUCAAAGGGCAUGAAAAUGAGGAUGAUGAAGAUGAUGAAGAUGAAAGAGAAGGAGGCGGCUUAGUGGAGGUCAUCCAUGAACACCUGGACACGUUCAGCUCCACCUUCGAGUGUUCCGUAGAGCUGGCGGACACAGAGGUGGAGGAAGAGGAAGAGGAGGGAAGGGAGAACCAGGACAGUUUCAGCUCUGUGUUUGAACGCAUCGUGGAGCAUGUUGUCGCCAUAGAGGGGGAGGAAGAGGAAGAUGAGGAAGACGGGGAGGGAGAGAGGGAGAAGAGCGGGAUGGACAACAAGGACGGCUUCAGCUCAACGUUUGAGCGUAUUGUUGAGUCUGCGCUUCUUCGCGGGGGGACGUGCUACAGUAGUCUAGACUCCCUGGAUGUCCUGUCACUCACAGACGAGACAGACAGCUGUGUCAGCUUCGAGGCUCCGCUCACCCCCCUCAUCCAGCAGAGGUCCUUUCUCCAGAGCCCUGAGCCUCUGGAGCUGGAACUAGCCACUGUCAUGGAGCAGGAGGGAAGCGAGGCUGGACCUGAGGCCCAACGAGGAGAGCCUGAGGCUGGGGAGAAUGCUGCAGGCCGUGAGCUUGGAUCUGGAGGAAGCCCACUGCGGACCACCAUCACCGGGACCAGGUCGGAGUUUGUCCUGAGCCAGCCUGGCCGAUGGGCCAUCCCAAAUGGGUUUCACAUGAACACCCAGGGGGGAGCGGAGGGUUCUGGAGCCAUACCCAACUCUAUGAGUGAUACCAACGUCACUGACGUGCUGUCGGACUCAGAGCCGAGCGGUCUGGAGCAGCUGGAGAGAGGCAGCACGGACACCCUGGCCAAUGGUUGCCGUGCCGAAUGUAACGCCGCCAAACGCCUUGCCAAGCGCCUGUUCUACCUGGAGGGCUUCAAACGCUGCGAUGUGGCACGCCACCUGGGAAAGAAUAAUGAGUUCAGCCAGCUGGUGGCGUCAGAGUACCUCAGCUUCUUUGACUUCUCUGGUCUGUCAUUGGACAAGGCCCUGAGGAACUUCCUGAAAGCCUUUCCUCUGAUGGGGGAGACCCAGGAGAGAGAAAGGAUCCUGGUCCACUUCUCUAAGAGGUUCUGUGUCUGCAACCCCACAGCCCUCGCCCCCGAAGGAAAGGACAUAUCCGAACGGAAUGAUAAUGAUGAAGAAGAUGAUGACGGAGCCCAUACGUUAACCUGCGCCCUAAUGCUGCUCAACACUGAUCUACAUGGACACAACAUUGGGAAGAAGAUGUCUUGCCAGCAGUUCAUCAGUAAUCUGGAUAGCCUAAAUGAUGGCAAAGACUUCCCUAAAGACCUAUUAAAGGUGCUGUAUAAUUCAAUAAAGAACGAGAAGCUUGAAUGGGCAAUUGAGGAAGAGGAGUUCAGGAAGAGUCUAUCAGAGCUGGUGGAGGAGCAGUGUGAGGGAGGGGGGAAGAGGGGGGUUGCCAGGGUAACGGAUGGCAAUAACCCUUUCAUCGCCAUCCCCAUCCUACUCAACGCUGUCACCUAUAAACAUGGUGUCCUGACCCGCAAAAGCCACGCAGACAUGGACGGCAAACGCAGUGAGGAUACACACAAACACACACAACAACACACACACACAGAAUCACACACAUGGGAUUUCUUAAUGUAUGAGUCUUCAUCUCUCUCUCUCUCCUGCUCUCCCUCCCUCUCUCUCUCUCUCUCUCUCUGUAGGAGUGAGGAGGAGAUGAUGUCGUGGAUAUUUCGUAUUAACCUGGUAGCAGCUCUGUUCUCUGCCCCGGCCUUCCCUGCUGCCAUCGGCUCCAUGAAGACGUUCUGUAGACCUCUACUGCCCUCCUCCUCUACCCGGCUAAACCAGGAGGAGCAGCUGCAGUUUCACGAGGGGAAGCUGAAGCAGAUGAGUAUGGAGGUGGAGGAACACAGGAAGAGUCCGCCCUCACCUUCUCCCAAGAGCAGAGAGUGGGAGGAGUACCGAAUCAAAGAGCACUACCUCAUAUAUGAGAAGAGUCGGUACGAGACGUAUAUCAACCUGCUCCAGGCCAAGAUGAGGGCAGAGACAGACGACCUGGAGAAGAUAGAGGCUAGUGUGAUGAGCGGGAUCGGGGAGGGCCGAGGGGGGUGCGAGGGAUACCUCCGGAAGACCCAGUCCUCUCCUUCCAUCAGCCAGCACAGUCUCAACGGCAGGGCCUCUGGACGCACUGCCCCGGGCCAGCGGAGUUGAGAGGAGACCCCCCCCCCC